AUGGCAGCGGAGGGAGCAGAACAAAAGAAGAACUGGAAGGACGAGGGCAACGCAGCGUUUAAGCUGGGCAAAUGGGGGCUGGCAAUUAAGUGCUACACGUCGGGCAUUCGCGAAGAUCCGAAUAAUCACCUCCUUUACAGCAAUCGGUGUGCCGCGUGGCUCAAAAUGAGCAAGGACCACAAGGCCCUCGAGGACGCCGAGAAGUGCAUACAACUUCAGCCCCUCUGGGCCAAGGGUUACUACAGACGCGGCUGCGCGCUGCGAGAGCUGCUGCGCGAUGAUGAAGCGCUUGUGGCUCUGCGCGAGGCCGCGGAGCUUGCUCCCUCUGACGCCGAGAUCCGCAACAAGCUCGCUGAGGUGCUGCAGCGAGUCUCCGAGAAGGAGGGCAGGCGGGUGCGUGACAUUGGCAACUCGAGCGAGGACUACGAGAACUUCCGCGACAGCUUGAAAGCGAAGGUGCCGGUGCCCUAUUCGGACCAGGCCGUACGCGACUUUACGAAACAGACCAUCGAGAAUGUCAAGACCCGAGUGUUUGGUGGCGAGACUCUGCGCCCUGUAGCGCACUUCAUGCUGGGCUUCAAGGACGACAAAAACGAGUCCUCUUCCAUGGGCAUGGUCGCUCUCGAGAAGGGAUUCGAAUCGCCCGAGACCCAUGCCUCCUGCUCCGAGUUCCUCCGAAAAUACCAACAGGACAUGGACGCCCACGCCGGAAUCGUGAUCGUGCCCAAGUCGGCGCUCGCCUUUCCGCAGGUGUGGCUCGGCGGCGAGAAGAAGUGGCGGCAUGCAGACAAGGAGGGCGUGUUCGUGCAGCUGGAGGCCCGCAAGGACCGAGGCGUGUGGUUCAUCCCCAUCACCCGCACUCCUGAGGGGCACAUCAAGGCCGGCGAUGAGGAGUCGUUGGACAUCGACGUUUUCGGGCUCGUGCCCCGCCUCUACCCCCAGUGA